AUGAAAAAUUACUUAUUGAUUGUAAAGACACAUCAUGGUGAUCCGGGCGAUUACAUCACUGCGGUGAUUAAAGGCGUUGAAAAACAAACCGAAAAACUUCCACUAGGAAAAUCACAGUCUUAUCAGAAAGCUUUUAAAGAAAAUCAAACGGAUCUGUUUUUAUUAUUAUCCGAUACUCAUGUAGGCAAAAUAACUCAAGUGGAGUUUUAUGUAGAUUCGAAUAGUAAAGUCAAAGAAUGGAAAUGUAGUCAUAUCGUCAUUAUUGAUGGUAUUCAUGUUUAUCGCGAUAUCGCUCCAAUACACUCUCUUUCGUCAUCAACCGAUAGUCCAUCGGUGAUUGAUGUUAUCGAACCACACUCUGAUUCCCAAGAAGGUGUCUAUUAUGCAUUUAUUAAAACUGGUCAAGACCCGUGUGGCAAAGGAUGUUAUCCGAAAUUAUCCCUUUUUGGCGAUAAAGAAAAACAUACGGAAUUCAAUAUGAAAUUACCCUAUCGCGCUCUGUCGCCGUCUACAAAUAAUCCAAUGGCACUCGAAAAACAUCAAUUUGAUAUAUUUCAAUGGCAAGAUGAUAAUAUUGGUAACAUCGAGCGAAUACAAUUGCAGCUAUUUCCAGAAAAUGGACGAACUAAAUGUCAGUGGCCUGUUGAAUGGAUCUUAGUGGUUCAUCAUGGCUAUUCUUUUACAGGACGUAUUAUGUUGAAUCGAAUGGUGAAAAGUGAUCGAUAUAUAAGCAUCAAUCUAGAGAGAUUAACAUUUGCCUCUACCGUUGAAUCAGGUGAUUCCUAUAUUGAUCCAAAACAAUCUAAUGAACCUAUUUCUGCUUUGAAUAUUUGGAAUAAACAAUCGAAUGCAACAACCGAUGACACUGGUCGAUAUUAUGUGAUUCUUCGGAAUUAUGAAGGAACAAGUGGAAAUGUUUACAUAGACUUUCACGGUGAUCGUUUGUCGUCGUGUGGCGAGCAACAAUUAUGGAAAUGUGAAAAUUAUCCUGGACAUCCUUUUGGUAGUCAACAUACUGAUUUAUUUCAUUUGAAAGCAUUGGAAGUUGGUCAUCUACGUUCGAUUUCAUUACGCCUCGAUCAAACGGAUAAAGAACAUAGUUUAACACUCGAUUCGAUAUACAUUGUUCACAAUUCGUUCGUCUAUGAAUUUAAUGUACAUCAUAUUAUUUUGAAUAAACAACAAGCGAAGAAAGAAUUCUUCCCCGUGAUACAUGACACUCUAUCAGAGGAUAAAGUGUGUUAUUAUGUUGCUACUCAUACGGCUGAUAAGAUUUUAUCCGGAACGAAUGCUAGUUUUCAAGUUGUGGUCGUCGGAAGUGAUGGCAUGUUUGGACCAAUCGAAUUAAAAGAAUCACUAACAAAUGGAACUGAUCCAUUCGAAAGAGAAUGUAUUGAUUUAUUUCGUAUCGAAGAGAAAGACAUAGGUGAACCUAAGUCAAUAUCAAUCACAUUGGAAACAAAAGGUUUGAUAAGCAACUUGUUCAGUGAUGGAAAAUGUGAACGAAUCAUGCUUAUCAAAAAUGGGAAAUAUAAUUCCCAGUGGCAACUAGUUGGCAACUUAAAAAUGAAGGAAACGAAAAUCAUUUCUUGCCCUGCGCACCAACGGCAAUCUCUGAAAGAUCCCAUUCCGAUGCCAGACAUGCCUACCGAAACUUCGCUAGUCAAAACCACAACUGAAUCCGUUCCUUUCAACCCUACAAACCAAACACGUUCGUCGGAAACAAAACUAGCAAUUGAAAAGACUUACAAAUCCGCUCCGACUAUUGAUUAUCGUAACGACGCAGUUAUGGUUCAAAUUGAAGAACAUCAAAAACGACAUACAUUUGCACCGAGUUUACAGCAAGCUGAACAAAAUUAUCGCGAAUUAAGACGUUUAUUGAAAAAAAUGAAUGGAUCAAUAUCCAACGAAACUAAAGUACCGACGGUACGGAAGCAAAAGAUUUGA